UUGCUCUAACCCACCGAGUCAUCAGCAUUCUUUGCUCGGGUGUGGAAUUGUUGCGCUUCAUUUGUCGCAGACUAUCGUUGUUCGUACAAUGUCGAAUCGAUAUGGUCCGGGGAGGCAAGAGGGUAACAAGGGUUUCGUCAAAGCCCAGAAAAAAUUUGUGCCCAGAAAUUCGAAUACAAGCCCUAGCGGGUCAAAACCAACUCUCUCAACCUCCCUCAGACAGUCAAAUUCAUCGAAACAAUCGGAUGGCCGUGUUGAGAGCAGCAGUUCCGUUUCAGCAUCGAUGGGCAGGGUUCAAAUGGGAGACAAUGGACAGUGGGUGUCAAAUAGAGCCCAGGUUGGUAAUUUUGUAAACUACUUGCCACAAGACGAGGCAGUGGCUGCUGGGCUUGGCGCUGAGGAAGGAGGAUUGGAUCCCGUGGAAUCUCAGCGAGUUGUUGAUCUUUUAAAUAGAGAGCUGUCUCGUUUGCUUAAGUUGAAACCGAAGGAAUUUUGGAAGGAAGUGGCUACUGAUACCUCCUUGCAUGAAUUUCUGGACAGCUUUCUAAAAUUUAGAAGCAGAUGGUAUGAUUUCCCAUAUCGUGGGGCCAAAGGGAUAGUUGCUGGGAUUAUUGUUGGAGAGCUUGAUUUAAGCCGGCGUGUUUUUAUGGUAUUGUAUCGCAUUUCUUCUAAUAAAGAUCCAGGUGAUCAGGUUGCUCAUAGCCUCAAUGUGAGAGACCAUGGAGUUCUUUUGCAGGAGAAAAAGUUGCUUGACUUGCCAAAGCUGUUAGAUAUAUGUGCCAUUUAUAGUCAUGAAAAUGAAGAGUUGACAAGAUUGCUCGUCAGAAAUGCUCUGAAUGCUCAACCUUGGAUCUGUGAUAAUCUGACAGCUGUAAUUACACAUUUUCUUGGAAUUGCGCACACGAUGCAUGAGAGAUGCAGUUCAUCAUUGGAGGUCUUAUUUUCUUCUGGAAAACUGGAUGAUCGCAGUGCUGCUCAGCUUCAAGCUGAUCUGCUGGAGGUGGUCGACUUUAUAAAUGAUGCGGUUGUAUCAAUGGAUGCUUUUGUUAGUGCUUACAAGCUGGCGGCUGUAUUUUUUUCAUGCCCAGUUGAAAUAAGUUCUGGCAAUGAGGAGCUGCUAAGCUUUCUUGCUAGAUUGCAUGAUUCCUUACUUCCAUCGUUGCUAAGGGGCUUCCAUACUGUUAUUGCUGACGAACAAGAUGGAAGAAUGUCAAACAUUGUUUUAAGUUUGAAGAUGUUACGGAUGAGAUUGGUGAACUUUGGUUGGCAAUUAUUGCGCUUUUGCUAUCUUAGUGAUGAGGUGUUCAGAGAUAGUUGCCCUCUUCCAGCUUCUACAAAAAUGUUUCCUGCCACUGUGGAGGACCCGGUUAUUAGAGCAGAUAUUCUGGUUCAAACAUUUAGAGAGAUCAAUGCAGUUUCACUGCAAUUACAGGAAAACCAGCAGAAGGAGACAUUUAUUCAACAUAUUCAAAAGAGUUACAAUAUUUUGAAAAUGGUUGAAAGCUUGCGGGAUAAUGGUUGGAUAUUUGUUGAUGAUGAACAGUUUCAGUAUAUAUCUGGGAUUAUGAAUUCAAAAGAGAUUUAUAAGGAUCCACAGUCUGCAAGAGGCCCUGUGGAGAGCAAACCAUUACAGGCUGAUGAAGAUGCUGCUAUAAUUGAGUCCAAAAUCAGUCAAAUAAGGGACCUAUUUCCUGAUUAUGGUAAAGGGUUUUUAGGCGCAUGUCUUGAAGUCUAUGAUCGUAAUCCGGAAGAGGUCAUUCAGAGGAUUUUGGAGGGAACCCUUCAUGAAGAUCUGCAAUGCUUGGACAGAUCGCUUGAUGUGGUACAACCAGCUCAGACUGCUACUGUGAACAGAAAUGACAAAGGAAAAGGUAAACUAAUAGACUCUAUGUCAAUGCCCUCCAAUACUGCAGCAGCUUUUUGUGGGAAGCAAGAGACAGACGGACCAUUGUUUUCAUCCUCCGAAUCACUUGGAAAAUAUGUGAAGAAAUCCGAAGAUGACUUGUCCGAUGCCAACAUUCUGGAUACUAGCGAUGAAAAACACAAAUUAAGAACCGCUGCCCUGGUCUCACAAUAUGAAUAUGAAGACGAAUAUGAUGACUCUUUUGAUGAUUUGGGUUUUAGUGUAGCAGACACUAGCGUAGAAGAAAAUGAGGUAUUGGAAAACACUGCAAAAUCAGGGAAAUCUUGGCCAACUGAAACUGGAGAGGCUGCACAAAAUGCCCCUAGUUCAAAAUGGGGCUCCAGGAAAAAGCCCCAAUACUAUGUCAAAGAUGGCAAGAAUUACAGCUACAAAGUGGCAGGUGCUAUAGCAGUCGCAAAUUCACAUGAGGCUUCACUAGUUAAUCAAUCUCAAGAAGAAUUAAUAUAUGGUCUUGGACGCGGUGGCAACCAUCCUCUUGGUGCCGUAAAGAAGCUGACAGAUUUCUACAACAAUGGCAACGACCAGUCCCCAGGUCCUGAAACCGAAGAGAGAGAGAAUUUGGGCAAUUCUGGUGGUAGGGGAAGGAAGGAAGGGGGCAGGUCAAGGGCUUCACAUGUGCAGCAGGACAAACAAUCUGAUGCCUCGGAGAGUGAAGGAAAAGGUGAUAUCUCGAAUCACAGAGGCAGAGGAAGGAGGGGGGGAGGAGGAGGAGGAGGAAGGAACAACAAUUACAGAAAGGACCGAGCCAUGAAGAAGCACUUCUCUGGGUUGCGUGGUUACUAGAAGCAUAUGCGACUCUCGUAUACCCCUCUUCCACUCCAAAUGUUCUAUGCCCAAUUCUGCCUGGGGGACUGUUCAACUCGUUUACUGGCAUUUCCUCCCCAAAUGGAUAGAUAAGGUGCGUAACACAUCAGCGAGAGUCAACCCUUCGCCUGCGGUUAAAAGUCGUGGCUUUUCUGGUAUUUGCGUACUCUGCUCUUUUAGUUGCUGCUCAAAAGGGGGAAAUUUUAAGUCAAAGGAUAAGAGCGAUCCCGCGUAAUAUUGUGAAGCGUCACAAUAUAAUGCACGUUAAAUGAGCAAUCAACAAAGCUAGGGAUACUAAAUUUCUUUGUUAGGUAAGAUAAAUAAUAUCGAGUGUUUUCUUUUUCCUUCUUUUUUGGAUAGCAUCAAUUUGUAUGAUGCAAAAAAUUUUACAGUGUAUAGUUGACGUUUUAAAUGGGUUUUUGUUUUAUAGUUAUUU